AUGCCUCCAUAUUGGUUUCUUGGCAAAAGUCGAACCCUGAGAAAGAAACCAAGUAGUGUGAAACGUCUGUCUCCUAUACCUAGUCUAGGGAUCAGUUCUGCUCCCCAUACUACCGCCUACUACAGUGAGUCUGUCAUUAAUGAGUCUUAUCUAACUGAUGACAGAGGAUUUUCUCUUAAAACUAAUGUGGCCUUUGAUGAGCCAUUGGAAAGCAGUUCUUAUUGGAGUGAGGAUCUUUCAUCGAGAAGGAGAAGAGGUAUAGGGGGCAUCGAGUCCAAUAAGAAAAUCAAUGGAUUAGGAGACAAGAAGACAUAUGACACCUAUGGUUCUUCAUCUGGUUAUUCCUCUGAGGAUGACUACACAGGUGGUUCUUCCAUGGACCAGAAUACAUCCAAUUUUGGGUUCAAGAGUGUCCUCUCCAAAGUAGGGUCCUUCAUUUGGUUGGUGCUUUUAGCCCCAGGACGGUUCUUUGGUUUGCUAUACUGGUGGAUGGGGACCAUGUGGUAUCGUCUAACAACUACAGCCUCUCUCCUGGAUGUCUUCAUUUUAACACGGAGCUAUCUAGUGUUGAAGAAGAUAAUGUUGUUUAUGCUUCUGCUCUUGCUCCUGAGCUCUGUUGGUUAUGGUGCAUGGUAUUUUUAUCCCUUUGGGCUUCAACCUUCUAUGUUUUCUUGGGGAACAGUGAAAUUAUUUCCCUCUGGCACCAAGAAGGACCAAGAAAUGGGAGAGACUGCUGUAUUUUCUGAGGCCCAGCAACAGGCUUUGUCUCGUCUCCAGGCACUGGAAAGACGUUUUGAGACCCUGGAAACUGCAGCUUCUAUGCUAGAAUUCCAGAAAAGAAAGAACACAGAAGGUGCCACCCUGUCUCAUGAGGAUACCCUGGUGUUCCUGGAUGGGCUGAUGACUCAGAAAGAGGCAGCCAUGAGAGAGAAGCUUGGCUCAGACAUAGAUCUUCGUCUCCAGGAUAAAUUGGAUGCUUUCCAAUCCCAGGUGCAGAAGGAUUUUGACAAUCUCCUAAAGAAAGUCUCUCAGACUUCUGAGCAGGUGGAGGCCCAGACACUUGAGAAAACAGCUCAGUGGCAAAGCUCCAUAAAAGAAGACCUAAUGAAUACUUUCCGAAAGGAAAUAGAUAAACUGGAGGACCAUUUAUCAAGUCUGAAAAAUGAACUUGGGACUUUAGGUUCUAAUCAGAAGGCAUUGUCAAGACAAGUGGAAUCUCUUCCAGGGCAGAUCAAGGAAAUGCGAGAAGAUGUGGAAAUUCAGUUUCCAACAUGGUUUAGCCAAUUCCUGUCCCGAUCUAGAGAGGAUAAAACUGGAAAACCUUUUGUCCAGCAUGAAGAAUUACAAGAGCAGCUACGCCAAUUGGAGCACAAGAUCCUUGCCAAGAUCUUGAAGGACCAAGAACUGUCUGUGCAGGAUGUUGGAGUCACUCUUCAUAAAGAAGGAAUUACAGGAGUGACUGAGGAGCAAGUUCAUCAUAUUGUGAAUGAUGCCCUGAAGCGCUACAGUGAAGAUCGCAUUGGAAUGGUUGAUUAUGCACUUGAAUCUGGAGGAGCCAGUGUUGUCAGCACCCGGUGUUCAGAAACCUACGAAACCAAGACUGCACUUCUUAGCCUUUUUGGCAUACCAUUGUGGUAUCAGUCCCAGUCUCCAAGAAUCAUUCUACAGCCAGAUGUCUAUCCUGGAAAUUGUUGGGCUUUCCAAGGCUCCCAAGGUUUUGCUGUCAUCCGCCUUUCAAGCAGGAUCCAUCCCACUGCUGUGACGUUAGAGCAUAUCUCCAAAUCGCUUUCCCCCAGUGGAACCAUUCCCAGUGCCCCCAAGGACAUUGAAGUCUUUGGCUUAGAGGAAGAAGGGCAUCAAGAGGGCAUCCUCCUUGGGAAGUUCACAUACAAUCAAGAUGGGAAUCCUAUCCAAACAUUUCACUUUCAGGAUAUAGACAAAGAGGCAGCCUUCCAGCUGGUGGAGCUAAGAGUUCUCAGCAACUGGGGCCAUCCAGAAUACACCUGCAUUUACCGUUUCCGUGUGCAUGGGGAGCUGGUCUCAUAACGUCUUCUUGCACCACUAGCUCUAAAGUCACCUACCUCAAGAUCUGCACUUCAGACUGUGAAAGACAGUUGGGAAGCAGUGCCAGGAUGGCAAGCAACUUGGAAUGGGCAAUAUAUCUUUUUUGCUAUGUUUCACAGAGACAGGAUGUAAGCUGUGACUCUCCCUGAUCAGUCAGCUCUCUCCUGGAAACAACACUCUUCUGAAUGCAGAGGAAGAAAGAGGCCUUUUGGAUUUGGUAUUUUAUAUUUAGUUCUUCUUAAAGCAGAUUUUUAAACAUAUUUAAUCCAGUUCAUAUUUACCCCGUCCUUUAUACUUCUCCAAACCUGAUUUCUGGUUGUUCCUUUAAAGCUCAAUUUUCUGGGGACUGAAGGCAUGUUUAAACAAGCUAAGCAAUGCAGAAAAAAAAUGGCAGUGACACAAGGUUUGGUGUGAAGUAAGGCUAUAUUAAAGCCUUUGCCAGAUUCUAGGGUCCUAUUUAGGCCCUCAUUAGUGUGUUCCCCCUCCUCCCAAAGCCUCAACCUCUUCAUAGAAAGGUGCCUUUUACUGUGCCUACUCUGAGUGGUUCUGGGGGAUACAGAAGGUGUACUGGAAACUGUGCAGUUGAAAGUUUUUAAAAAGUGGUGUUGUAACUUUGGUCACCUUUAUAUCACCAUCAUAUUGUGUGGAGGCAGGUAGAGGAAUGUUUUCAUGAAAUCUGUCACGGAUGAGGAUUGUAGACUUAGGGCCAUUCCUCUUCCUGUGUAGACAGGAUUCCAUGGGAAGCAGCAAUGCAAAGAUUCAAAAGCUACAGAGAAAAAUAGGGGAUUGUUUAUUAGGGAACUGUGAUGUGUUUAGAAAUUCGAAGCUGCAGUUUUGAAGAAUGGAAAAAAAAGAGUUUUUCUAUGAGGAAAAUAGUGUAAAGAUAAAUUAAAGUUAUUUGUAUGGAUUAAAUGUUAACAUAUAUGUCCCAAUAUGCAGUAUUUUGUUUCUUAAAAAAUGAGAUAAUAUUGUCAGGCCUUCACACUGGCCUAGAAUCAAAUACACCAGUUCCUAAUAAGAGGGAGAUGGUUGCUAAUGCCAAAGUAUCCAUUAUGUUCAGAGAUGAAAUAUCUCUGAAUAUUGUUUUCUUGAAUAUCCUAUAUAUUUUGCAACCGUCAGUAUUACAAUAUUGGCUCCAAAGACAAAAAUUGUUUCUUAUUGAAUUCUGUCUUUCGACCUGCUUUCAGCAGACAAGUUGCAUAUUGUAGUUCACAAAACGUUAAAAGACUCUUGAGUUGAUUUCAACUCCUGAUGAUAAUGUAAAUAUAUCAGAAGCCGUCAUGAUUUGAACUGUAUAUGUUGGAAAGGGAUUAAAUGCUGUUUUUAAGCUUGCAUAACAUACAUAUUAAUCUCAUAAGCCAUUAAGAGUAGCAGGAACAUGAACUUCUAAUGUACCACAACCUUAUAUUUCUAAGCUAAUUGAAUUUUUAGCCAUUUAUUUGAAUAGUUACUUGAGACAGAGAAAGUGCAACUAAAUGUCUAUAACUUGCUAAACUUAAUCCCAUGAUCACUAAAUAGUAAAGAAAACUGCUAUAUUUCCGCAAUUUAUAUAGCAAAAUAUAAGCAUUAAUCAGAGUCCUGAGAUGGCAUAAUUUUUUAAACAUUGCUUAUGGCGUGAAAAAACAGCCUCCCCCUUUAAUAGAAAACAAACACAGCAAAGAAUAAAACAGCAAGCCAAGAAAAACUACGUAUCUCCCUGUUAUGCUAAUUGUUGAUCACGGAAACAAUUUUACAGAUAGAAAGAUUUUUAAAACGGUGUCCUUUUUCUUUGCUUGAAAGUGUCACACUCUAUUUAACUGCUACCCUUUGUAGUGGAAAAGCUUUGUACUUAGUAUAGGCUUAUGAAAAGAACAUUUUUCUUUUGACUAAAUGGAUCGUCUUUGAAUGAAAUCUCUGCUCAGUAGAUAUAGCCUUCUGGGAUUGUUGCCUAAAUAAUUCCUCCUUCCACCCUUACUUGAGAAGGAAAUAGCUAUACAUGGCAAAAGAGCAUGGAGACUUUCAUGGGUCUCAAAAGAUCCAAUUUUUCAGACUGAAAUAAUUUUGGAAUCAACAAAUGCUUCCUGCUUUAGAAAAAAAUGAUCUAAGGGGAAGACAUACAGCCUUGUCCAGCAUUUCCAAUUUGGGUCCCUCCAAAAGGUCUGUCAGUGUGGUAAUUAAUAGUUGACAUUGACUUGAUGACCCUGAAUUAAUCCAGAUAGGUUGGGAUUACCAGAACAGAGGUCAGAUGGGGGAAAAUAAUCUGGCAAAGUGAAUAUUAUCUCUAUUCUUGACUGCAAUGGUUUUUAUUAUUUAAAUGAAACCACAUAAACAUUUAGGUAGGUAACCAUACUGACAACUGAAGAGAGAAUGUAGAGAUAUCUGGUAGCAGGCUGGUAUAGUGUUCUACACCAGAGUACUGUAAACGUUGAAUGUCCUGGGUUCAAUCUUUGAUAUAUGUGGUUAAAGUUAGGAAAACAAUCUCCAAAUGAUUGUUGCUACCACUAUCCAGAGGAGUUGCAGCAUUUCUCUUGCAGCAGGAAAAAAAACCUAGUCCAAUUGGGUCAACUGGUUCCUUUCAUCCCUAAGGAUAAAUGACAGUGGAGUAGGCUGGGCUUGGCCAUUUCCUCUGCUUUGGGGCUUUGUUUUAAAAGCAUUUUCUCAAUUGUAAAUAUAAACGUAGUGGAUGUGCACAAUGUGCACAAGUUUACUGCUGCACUUUGGUGGCCACAAUGGCAGAGUAGUAUCCGUUACUCAUUCCAUGCACCUAUUGAGAGGAGAGAGGUGGGGCAAAGAACAAGGUUCUUGCAACUAGAACUGGUGCAUGCAUAUAGCAGUAUUAUAGAGGAAAUAGUAUUACUUGGACCUUGCCUCACUUCUUCGGUAUGAAGAUGUGACUGCUGUGACAUAACAUAACACAACACAUUAAAUGCUUGAGAAAUAUUUAGCUAACAAAGGUUUGUUACCAUUAUUGGUCUCUAUAAACUUUGUUAACCAGCUGCAUCUAACAGAAAGAUCUAGCUAAUAUUUGUGAUGUUGGUGCAGACCUCCGGUACUAUCUAUCUUUCCUUAUAUAUACCUGUUAAAGUGACAGGUGGGUUCUAUCAGUCCUUUCACCAAGAAUAAGAACAAAGAAUUGCUAGCUGAUCAUUCUUCCAGUAUCUCUUUAUCAGGUGCCCACAAUCAGGUAGCAUCUUAUCCUAUCUUUCAUGUUCCAGUAAUGUUGCAUGUUUUUUGACCUAUAGUAAUUUCCCUUUAAUAUUACAGUAAAGGCUGUUUCCGGCACUCUUUUUUUAAACAUUAGGCAAGAGUUCUUCUGGCAAGGAAAACCGCUGUCUCUUUAAUUACAAAAAAUAGUUUCAAUAUAUAUAUAUAUAUAUUCCACUGCUUGGAAUAAAUGUUAAGAUACACCCCAUUCUCCAUGUUCUUAGUUGUCCCAUGUACUUCAUGUAUAAUUUUUUUUUAACCAUUAAUUGUAACAUUAACUUUUUUGUAAUUACUCCAAAAUAAGGACCGGUUAAGGACAGGGAUUUUUGUUUUGAAAGAAUGGAUGGUUCUAUCUAGAAGAAAACUGAAACUUCUGGAAUAGUGCAUUUUCAAAGCAUUUGAUUGAUUUAGGGUUUAAUAUGGCAUGAUGAACAUGCAGUGGUUUUGUGAAAUAAUGGAACAAUGUUGAGAAAGGUAAAUACUGUAAAGGUAAAUAGCAGUUGUAUUCUUGUGAUGCACGAAAGCUAAAAGGCUUAAUUAAGGAGCACUUAUUGAUAUUUUUGUUCACCUGAUCUUAUUGUCAAAUAAGUCAUAUUAUUUUGACUUAUUCCCAGAGUCCCAGAGUUAUUCCUCAAGGUACACAUUAUUUAUAGUUCUUUAUAGUCAUCCACUAGUCAGUUUACUGCUUCCAGAUUUUCCCUUGUCUUCAUCAGCCACAUAACCAGCUCUUUGAUUUCGAUAAUAGUUCCAAGUGUUUGUUAACCAGUCUACUUAGCAAUCUUCAAGUCUUGGAAUUUUUUCCUCCUUAGUUGUGAAACAAAUAGGUAUCAGACAGUAUACAUCAAAACACAGUUUUCUAGAUGUGUUUACCUCCAUUCAGUAUUAGAAAUUUUUUCAAGGACUUCCCAGCCUUGAUAUAGUGUAUUUCCUUUCUUUCACCAGUAGAUAGCAUCAUUGCCAAAAAUUUCAGAGUGACACCCAAUUUGACAGUGUUCCGAUUUCUUCAAAUAAGUUCUUCCACUUUUUCCAAUAAUCAACCCAAUGUUUCCAGCAUUUCAAAAUUCCCAUUCAAGAUGUUGCCAAUAAGAUAUUUAAAUCCAGUCAUUCUAUAUUUAAAAAACAUCCUCUCUUAGGAUAUAAUUUUCUUUCGAGUCUGUAAUCUUUCUCUAAGUAAUUGUUCACCUCUUUUAACAUUUUGGAGAGUUAUCUUUUGGCAUUUCUUUUCUUUGGGGUUUAAUCUCUAGUAAAGAAAUUGAAAAUCAUCUCAUCCAGCUCCAGUCCUCUGUUCAAACACAACUCCAGAAUAUUUCUUUCUUCAGUUGUCCCAGCUUCAUGGCGCCCAUAAUAGCUGCCUCUCCUUCCUCGUUGAAUAGGAGAAUGAGCCUUGGAUGAAGCAGGAGAGUUGCCACUCUCCAUGAUCUGCAAGGCGUCUCUCCUUUCUUCGUCACCCCUACAAGGUGACUUUAGCCCUUUAAGGCCCCUCCCCUCCCAUGAGGAGAAUUCAGACUAGGUUUGCAGAGCCCCACUCCCUAUGACUGUCUUGCAGCGACGCCAAACAGGAAGUCUUUUAGUCUUUUAAACAACUUUGCUACUGGCAGUUGCCAUCUGUAGAACAUUUUGUAUAAGUUUUCCUUAUAUGAAGUAGCCAUUGUCAGUUUAUAUUUUCUGUCCAAAAGUUUUUGCCAUUUGUCUAGUUCUAUCGCAUAACCAAAAUUUUUUUUGCCCAUGUUAUUGUUUUUUUAAUUUGUUCAUCUUCCAUUUUGAGGCUUAACAGGUAACUAUAUAGUUUCUUUUAAGGGAUGCGGUGGCUCAGUGGCUAAGAUGCUGAACUUGUCGAUCAGGAAGGUUGGCAGUUCGGCAGUUUGAA